ACCAACACAGUUCUGGCCCUUUUCUUUUCUUCCUUUAUUUUCAUUCUUAGGGCCACAAGCAUCAUCUCAAUGUGCAUAAUCCUCAGAUUUCUAGCUCCAGUUCAUAGCUUUUCUGACUUCCAGUAUCUUGUCUCCAGUUAUCUUUUACCACACUGGAUACCCCAUCAGACCCUCAAACUCAACUUGUUGAUGACUUUUGAUAGGCAAUCACAUACCUGUGGAACUAACCUAGCCUGCUCAGUCACAGGAUCCAGUCAUGCAGUGAGAAGCUGCCUGCUGUAGUGGAGAGUGCUGUGCUUAAGAAAGACUCCAUUAAAAUCUCACUUAUUAGCUUUGUGACCAUAAGCCAUCAUCUCCUUGUAAAAUCGUAAUCUUAAUACCCAUUGGACCUACCUUGAAAUAGAAGUAAUAGUUGUGGCUAUCAGGUGAAGCAGUGUAGGUAAAGUGCUGUAUAAACAGUAGCUGUUACUCUGUUGGAGUCUUUCUAGCUUGGGAUCUGUCAGAGCUUGAUUGAGUUCUGCUUGUUUGGUUUCGGGGAUCUCAGUGUAAGGUGUCUUUUGCUCUUAAAAAAGAAAACUAGAAAGGCCAUUCACACUGUUGGCCUGCCGGAAUCAUAGCGCUUUAGGAUUUACAAAGUGGGAUUUUUGUUUGCCCCUGAAUGAGGAAACAACAUCAGAGAAGCCUGCUAGUGGGCUCCAGGUUGUGAGGGUUAGGAGAUGGGAAUUCUCUAGUUCUUAAACCCAGGUUUCCUAAUUUCACGUCUAGAGCUUGCGCCAUCGUACUGUGCUGCUUUUCUAAGAAAGUCAGGAAAACAAGCUUAUCAUCUGUUCUUUAAAAUGCCAGACUUGGCGUUUGUAGAAUGGUCCUCUCCUCCCCCACCUCCAGCAGCUACAAGUAUUGGUCACAAGUGGGAGGUAUUUAGGGGCAGACUCUAAUCCCCAGAGCCCUUUGUUGGAGAAGUGAUUUGGCCAGAGCCCACCCUCCCUUGCACAUUUCCCAAGCUGCGCCGGCGCCGCCAUUACCUGAGAAUAGGAGUGGUUGGUCUCCUAGAACAGUUGGUUUUCAGUGGGCUUCUAGUUUUCGUUGUUGAAUUUUAGGCUUUGAAAACAGGGAUGAGUUUAGCUAGUUCCUAGGUGAGGGGUUCUUAACCUCUGUCAUGGACCUCUUGGGCAUUCUGGUGAAACCUCUAGAUCCCUCCCCAGCAUCUUGUUUUUGGAAUGCAUAAUGUAAACUCUAUAGGAUUACCAAGGAAUUCAAUUAUGUUGAAGUCCAGUUAUCAAAAUAAUAAUACUAACAAAAAAGAAAGCCAAGUUCAGACUCUUGGUUAAGAACCCCUGCCCUAGGUGAUCUCUAGCACCAGGUGUUUGCUUUCAGGUCUAAUAGCUCACUCAUAAAUUCAUUCAGACCCCAGAAAUCACACUUGUGUCCUGGGCAUGGGUGCUGCAGACUUAGGUGGCCAAAAGCAAUCUUAGAAUUGGAACCCAAAGCCCAGAAUGGCAGAAGGGGACGUUGUGGGAGCCCCACCUGAUCACCUCUGGGUACACCAGGAAGGUGUCUACCGGGAUGAAUACCAGCGAACAUGGAUUGCAUUUGUGGAAGAGGAGACCAGUUUCAUUAGGGCUCGAGUGCAGCAGGUACAGGUACCCCUAAGUGAUGCAGUCAGGCCCAGUCAUCUCCCUCCCUCACAGCUACCACUAAUGUGGCAGCUGUACCCCGAAGAGCACUACCUGGAUAACAGCUCUAGGAUAUGGGAGAUAGAGCACCACUUAAUGGUCAGGGGAGUGGAGGAGCUGUUGCUUAAGCUCUUGCCUGACGAUUAAUCUGGUGCUGGGAUUCUAGGAAGAUAUGUCCAUUUGUUGUGUACAUUAUAUGGGAAUCACUUCACCCAGCACUGAAGUGCAUCUACCUUUGGGGGGAAAAGUGAAAACUGUUCAAGAACACAGCACAACAGUUUAGGAAGGAAAGUGAAGAAUACUGUAAAACCG